AUCAUUAUCAGUUAUCUUUGGUGAUUUUGUCGAUACUUUCAUGUCAUAGUAACGCACUGGUGGGGGUUUGUAGUCCCCCGGCAUAGCUACCUACAGCUCGUUUCAUUGCCAACCUUGGCAGAAGUCCUAUAGAUAAAGCACUGCUGAGAUGCUGAUGGAUAUGAUAGACUUACAACUUUUAACGACUGCAUUUUUGUGGAGAAAGGAAAGGACGGUAAAGAGGAUCACCAAUCUCUACACCCUGGAAGCAAAUCUGCUCAUGCACAACAACAUGGUAACAGUAUGAGCAGCAAUAGACCCGGAUCCUCAGGAGCCCGUACCAAGCUGGUAAAGGAGAUCACCAACCUUGCUAAGGAUAGGAUAUCCCCGCCUCCUUCACCUGCUCUGCGCGAUGGCGAUAUUCCUGAGGAGAGAGACUACGAUAGAGACGAGAGUGGUGACGGCGGAGGAUCUCAAACAGGAGACGACCACUCUUCGCCCCCUCGAACUAUGAGAUUGUACGACGAUAUGCCGUGUUGCGGCGUAUUUGGGGACCACAACGACACGACGUUCAGUCUUGUCAACAAGCGUAUGGGGAAAAAAGUUUUCUUCCGGUUCAGCAAAGAAAAGUCCCUAUUCUUUCUCUCUUAUACAAAUCCAAUUAGACGAUUUUGUAUACGACUUAUAUGUACUCAGUGGUUCGACCAUUUCAUUAUAGCUGUUAUCCUUAUCAACUGUGUUCUUCUAGCGGCUGAUACAGAUGAACCGUUUAUCGAGUACGCCUUUGCAGUAAUUUAUACAAUAGAAAUGAUUCUCAAGGUCUUGGCUAGGGGCUUUGUUUUCCACAAGCACGCGUAUCUAAGGGAUCCUUGGAAUCGAUUAGAUUUUGUGGUAGUAUUGUUUGGAUAUCUAACAUUGAUUGAUCAGUUAAAGGACUUGUCAUUUAUAAAAGCGCUAAGGGUGUUAAGAUCUUUGCGGACGAUUACAGUGGUACCAGGUUUGCGGAUUAUGGUAAACUCACUGCUAAAAUCUCUGAAGAAUCUCUCAGACGUGAUGUUGUUAACGCUGUUCUUCCUGGCUGUCUUCGCCAUUAUCGGCUUACAGUUGUUCAUGGGUCAGCUCAAAUAUCGUUGUAUCAGAAAGCCAGAUCUUGAAAGCGAAGAACCUGGACACCAACACCACUUGUGGUGGGGGAAGAAUACCACAGAAACUUUCGAGUUAACCGAUGAUGUGAAGGGUAUGAGACGGGAAUUUUUAAACAAUCAAGAUAACUGGAUACCUGAUGCUGACGACCCCAUUAUCUGCGCCCUUCCGCGAUCACCGGGAACACGACAGUGUCCAGAACCUAGUAAAUGUUUACAAACGGACAUCAACCCUAACGAUGGAUACACGAGCUUUGAUAACUUUGGUUUUGCGAUGCUUACCUGCGCUCAGCUCAUCACUCUCGACUUCUGGGAAGAUGUUUACGGCAAGGUGCUCGGAUCAAGUGGAGCUUACUACAUCGUCUACUUCCUGUUUAUCAUCUUCUUUGGGUCCUUCUACCUGAUUAACUUGGUCCUGGCUGUCGUAGCUAUUUCCUAUGAGCAAGAAGUGUUAUCUCCGCAAGAAGAAAAGUCUGGUCUACCAAACUUAGACGACGAUGGGGACGAGUGCAGCUUCGUGGAGGAAGACGAGUAUGAUCCGGUGGACGGAGAAAAUCACGACCAAAACCACCACGGUGAUGGCGAACUGACCAAACGUCCUGAACAACGUGGCUUCUUUGGUGCUCUGAGAUCCUGUUGCUGUUGUUUCAACGAGCCUCUCGCGAACUCUGCUCUUGGAGUUGACCCUGAGAACGGUACCAUGGCUAUCACCAUGUCUCCUACCAAGGAAACGUGUGUCGACAAGUUCACUGACAUUUGGACUUGGUUCAGAAGUCACAUUAAAAGCUUUAUCUACAGCUUUUGGUUUGAGAACGGAAUCAUGAUGUGCAUUGUCAUCAACACCCUCUGUCUUGCUCUUGAUUCCCCGAGUAUCGGUGACGAUCUGGAUGGUAUUCUCUCAAAAGUUAACGACUGCCUGACGUGGAUCUUCACAACUGAGUUGGUAAUAAAGCUUGUUGGCUUACUUCCCACCGAGUUUUGGAAAACCAAAUGGAACAUCUUUGAUACGAUAAUCGUGAUAGUUUCCCUUAUUGAGUUACACCUGGACACAUCUACCUCGUUCAAUGUUUCUGGAUUGCGGUCCCUCAGAGUGCUGCGGGUAUUCAGAUUGGCAAAAUCAUGGAGUACGAUGAAAGCCCUUAUUGACAUCAUUGCUGAGUCGAUAUCUGGCCUGGUGUAUCUGUCCAUUAUUUUAGGCGUGGUGAUCUACACCUUAUCUGUGAUUGGUAUGAACCUGUUCCAGAAUGAGUAUUCAGAAUACUAUAAUUCAGAAACUAUGCCGCGCUGGAAUUACCAGGACUUCUACCACUCGUUCAUCUUACUCUUCCGAAUUCUGUGUGGUGAAUGGAUUGAGCUUCUCUACGAAACAUUGAAUGCCACAAAUGGUGAUCAAUGGCCUGUCAUCUUUUACUUAGGCGCUUUGGUUCUCGGCAACUUUUUAGUCCUCAAUCUCUUCUUGGCGCUCCUGCUUAACGCAUUUGGGGAGGAAUCUAUCAAGGAGAAAAGUGGAGCGGCAGCGGAAGCUAAUGACGGAAACGUCUCACUAACACAGAAAAUUAAAAACAAGAUAUUUAACAUCAGAAAAAAGAAGCACAAGCUUGCCUCAGAAAUAAGAAUGUCUUCACUGGCCCUGAGUCCUGCUGAUCACAUGAAAAGUCCCUGCAAACAUCGUGGAAAACCGAACGGUAAUCCCUCAGAUGUGGAUGGAACAAAUAACAACAAUAACAACAAGGCUGAUAACGAUCAUGAUGCGGAUGAAUAUAUGUCGAGUGUGGACGAGCACGAAGGUCACGACCGUUACAGCUGUGAUGACUGCUGUCAGUGCUGUAUGAUCUGCUGUAGGCCCUUCUGUGUGUGUUGCUCCAGAUUCCGAGCUGCAGUGAGACGGGUCGUGGAACAUCGAGCUUUCGAGUGGACCAUCCUCUUCUUGAUCAUGGCGUCAAGUCUAACACUUGCUUUUGAGGACAUCACCCUGGAGAAAGCGCCAGUGCGGAAGAAGAUCGUGGAAACUCUCAAUUUGUUCUAUGUCGUUGUAUUUACCAUUGAGAUGUGUCUCAAACUCUUUGCGUUCGGAGCGAUAACCUACUUUGAGUCAGCCUGGCAUUGGAUCGAUUCCCUCGUUGUUGCAAUAUCGAUCGUUAGUAUUGUAAUAAAGAAUGUUGGAUAUGGUGGUCUGAAAGCGAUCAGGGCUCUCAGAGCCUUGAGGCCCCUGAGAGCUAUCUCUCAGUGGGAAGGAAUGAGGUUAUCAGUCAACGCUCUCAUUUCUUCAAUUCCCUCCUUCGGUAACGUGUCCUUGGUCUGCUUGGUCCUGUGGCUUGUUUUCUGUAUAUUGGGCGUGCAGUUCUUCGGAAACAAAUUUUAUAAGUGCGUCGAUUCCGAUGGACCAAUCGAAAACAAACCAGCUGCUGGUGAAACUGGACUUGAGAUCGAGAACAAGACUCAGUGUAUCGCUAAAUACGGAGAAGAAGCUUGGCAAAACUCCAAGAUCAAUUUCGAUAACACAGUCAUGGCAUUCUUUGCUCUGUACCAAGUGGCAACAUUCGAAGGUUGGAUGGAGGUUAUGGAUGACGCAGUAGAUUCGGUGGACAUUGACAAACAGCCAAUUUUCGAGCACAGUUUCAUCGCCUACCUCUUCUUCCUGGUGUUCAUUUUUGUCGGAUCCUUCUUUACGUUAAACUUGUUAGUCGGUGUCAUCAUUGAUAACUUUAACAGACUAAAGAAAGAGUACGAGGAAAAGGGACAGCUGGGAGUACUUCUGACCCCUGCUCAGCGCCGAUGGAUGUCCACUUUCAGAAAGAUGGCUAAAACGAAGCCAAUUCGUAUGGUCACUCGUCCUACUAAUAAGUUCAUGAAAUUCUGCUACGACAUGUCUGAAAAUCAAAAGUUUGAAGUUGUAAUAACAAUCAUCAUUUUGUUGAAUAUGGUCCAAAUGAGUAUGGAGCACGAUAGUGCUAGCCCUGAGUUCGAUGAGGCCAUGACGUAUGCUAACUAUGUCUUUACUGUUAUCUACACGCUGGAAGCCAUCCUCAAGAUCAUCGGCACCCGCAAGUUUUAUUUUUUCAAGUCCUGGAACAUUUUCGAUUUUGUGAUUGUCGUGUUCGCCUGGCUGGGAAUUGCCAUGGACGCUGUCAUGAAUGACACUGUGAUCGACCCUUCGAUUCUUCGAAGUUUCAGGGUUUUCAGGGUUGCUAGGAUAUUGAGGAUUAUCCAGAUGGCAAAAGGAAUCAGGCGUCUGCUCUACACCCUUAUUUGUUCUCUUCCUGCUCUUAUAAACAUUGGCACGCUUUUGCUGCUUAUCAUAUAUAUCUAUGCUGUGGUGGGUGUGGCGAUGUUUGGCUAUGUCCGAAGACAGGGAACUUUAAAUGACCAGGUGAACUUCGAGCGAACGCCUUCUGCGAUUGUCCUGAUGACGAGGCUAGCUACAUCUGCUGGCUGGAACGACGUCCUGGACUCCGUCAUGGUCUCACCACCUGACUGUGACGUUAACUUGUACGAAACAGCCGGUAACUCGUCCGGAGAUUGCGGCUUCAAGGGAUUUGCUAUCGCCUACUUCUCAUCCUUCGUCCUCAUUGCUUUCUUGAUCAUGAUUAACAUGUACAUUGCUGUUAUCUUGGACAACUUCAGCGAAGCCCAGCAAGCCGAUGAAAUCGGAAUAGACGAAGAUGACAUCAAUCUUUUCUAUGAGAAAUGGAAAGUUUUUGAUCCGAAAGCGUCACAAUUUUUGAACGUCAGUAAAUUGCGAGACCUAGUCGGACAGUUAUCACAACCAUUAGGCAUACCAGAGGUAACGGAGGACGACAUCCUUCAAUUAGACAUACCACUUUAUCCUUCCGACAGAGCCCACUGCAUCGACGUUCUUCAGGCUCUUAUCUCACGAACUCUCGGUCCUAAUAACAAUACGGAUGAAUUUGAUAUGAUAAAAGAACUCAUGGCCGAAAGCUUCAGAGCGGCCUUCCCAACGCUAGCCGCAGAGGUUGUUGAAACAACGACCAAGCAACGAUUGAGAGAAAUAAGGGCUGCAAUAGUGUUGCAGAAAGCAUUUAGGAGGUUUAAAAACUAUAAGAGAAAUGAGGCUUUAGAGGGGAUACAACAAACUAAAACGGGUUCGCCAGAGUCAACAUCUCUGCAUCCAAAAGUUUAAAACGUUACCAUGUAACUCUAUUGACUAUUUUUAAUUAUUUCAUAGUGCGGGCGAAUUAUAAAAUGGCGAUGUUAGUCCAAAAAUAGUACAGAUACCUCUAAUCAUUGCUUCAGUUGUUCUAAGUAAAUUAACACUAUCAUUUACUGUCUUUUUAGUUUUUAUUUCUACAUUAUCAUUUCCAACACUUGGCGUGGACUUUUAUCAAAAUCUUUUAGUAUCAUUAUAUAUACAUAUAGUUAAUUUGGGAAGCACUAUAUUUCUUCACUUACCUUUGAUAACAGUCAGACUUUGAAUCUUAGAAAUUAAUUCUGCCGACUUAAGCAAAGGCUGGAUUUUUGUUUUUGUUAUUUUAUAGUAUCCCAAAAAGCAGACGACGAAUCAAUCAGGCAAGUUGGUCACAAUCUUCGACAAAGGAUAAGACAUGUAAAUCGAGGGCUUGUAUUAUAUGCUAGUUUCCAUCUGUAACCCUGAGCGCGAGAUCAGUGGGAGAAGCACGGUCCCGUGACGCGUAACCUUUUGUAAGUUUAACUUAUUUCGCCAAGUUUAGGUUUGUACCGAAGAUUUAUGUUUUUUAAUAAUUUUGUAUCAAA